AUUGUGAACAAUUAUUUAUUUCGUGAAAUAAGAGACAAUUAUUUUACUUUUUCUAUUGAUGUAAGCUGCAUAAGAAGAUGGCCGACUUUGGAGAUAAAAAAUGUGACUCGGAAGAACUACUGCUACAACGUCAAAGGAAAGAGAAGAAGGACCUCCAAGCUGAAAUUCAGAAAUUGAAGCAUGGUGUCACCAAGGGAGAUAAAAAGAAAAAGAAAGAAACUACAGAAAAGAUUGCAUUACUAGAAGCUGAACUGACUGCUAAACAUCAGAAGGAACUGGCAGAGCUUAAAGACAAUAAUAUUGUAGAGGAAGAUGCUGAAAUUGAAGAAGUUGUUAAUUCAGUGGACAAAUUGAGCACUGAGGACCAUGAUGGACAAGAUGAAGUGGUACAACAAUCAGCAAAACCAAAGAAACAAAGUAAAGCACAGAAAAGAAGGAACAAGAAAGCAGCUAAGGAUGAAGAGAGGGAAGAGAGAAUAAGAGAACAAGAGAUAGAGAACCUGACAUCAUCUAGACAUAUGGAAGCUGUGAAAAUAAAGUCAGUCCUUAAACAGAGAGGUCUACAGAUACAUGAGAUUCCCUCUGAUGGUAAUUGUUUAUAUGCAGCAGUUGCCCAUCAGUUGGAGGACAGAAAAAUCUCAAGUAGUGUGGACAGUUUGAGGACUCAAGUUGCUAAGUACAUGAGGGAGCAUGCUGACGACUUUCUUCCAUUUCUAUCUAAAGAUAAUGGUGACUGCUUUACACAAGAUGAUUUUGAAGCUUACUGUAAUGAUUUAGAGACUACACCAGCAUGGGGAGGACAGUUGGAGAUACAAGCAUUGUGUAAUGUGUUACGUAUACCUGUAGAAGUUGUUCAGUCUGAAGGCCCAUCAAUACUUACUGGAGAACAUUAUGGUGGCAAUCCACUAGUUUUAACAUAUUACAGACAUGCUUAUGGACUAGGAGAACACUACCACUCUGUGGAAGAGAAAGUUGAUAAUCCUGAGGACGAUUUUACAUGACACAAGUUGCUAUAAAUAUUCAUAAGGAAAACUCUAAUAUUGUUAGAUUUCAUCCACUGAAGUCAGACACAAAUGCUCGAGUAUAAAAUGAAAUACCAACCCUACAUCAAUGCCUUUUUGAUUUAUAUAUUUAUUGAUAUUCUAGAGCAAUUUACAAUCUUUCAGCUUAAUUGAUUGUUGAAAACUUUGCAA